UUAUGGUUUGCAUCUUUGUGUAUGUGAAACAGGAUGGAAGAAAACUCAAGAGAGGCUUCACUUCCAAUGAACGCCGGUGGUAGUGGUGGUGGCGGCAACGGUGGCGAACUGCUCCAAGAUAUUGUUGGUGGAGUGUUAGACAACAAUAUUGACGGCGGUGGUGGUGGCGGACUGCUCCAAGAUAUAGUUGGUGGUGGCGGCAACGGUGGCGGACUGCUCCAAGAUAUAGUUGGUGGAGUCUUAGACAACAAUGACAUCAGUGGAGCAAAACCAACGUCACCACUUUUGUUAGACUCACCACCGGAAAUGAUAUAUGAUGAACCGCGGUGGUCGUGGUAUUUUGAUUAAAGAUGAUGCUGAUAGGAGAAUCUAUAUAUACAAUAUAUAAUAUUGUGUACGGUAUUUUCAUUAUAAUAUUGUGUACGGUAAUUUCAUUGAUCAUUAUCCUCCUAUAUAAUAAAGGAAAAGUUGAUAGGCCACGUGUCCUCAUAUUAAGCCUCCAUUCUAAUUUAAUCCUAGGUGUCAAUUCCUCACAAUUUUGAUUAAAAAAAAACUCAAACAAAAACACACGCAUAAACAUAAAGGGAAUGUU